UGGGGAGAUGCUGCUGUUCCGCCCCCAGAGUCGUCUGGAAGAGGAGGAAGACGACGAGGAGGAAACUGAGGCGCUCAGUAAGGACCGACUGGAGGGGAUCAGGAAUUGUCCAGUGUGUGAGAUUUGGGCUUGGCCGGAGAAUUGUCUUUCUCCCGGGCCCUCCUUAUCAUCCGGCUGGCUUGAGGGAAGAGUAUAAUCAUGUACACACCUUAGGUACCUAGAUUCCAUGGAUGUGUCCACAAAAAUAGAAAUAAACCAGUAUGGUAUAGAAAUGACUAAGAAAGAAACAGAAAACAAAGAGGAAGAAACAGAACAAGAAAUGAUAGAGGAACCUAAUAGAAACUUACUGGAUACAUCAUCUGAAUCUCCCAGAGAUAGCAUGGAUGUAUCCACAAAAAUGGAAAUAAAUCAGCAUGAUAUAGAAAUGACUAAGAAGGAAACAGAAAACAAAGAGGAAGAAACAGAACAAGAAAUGAUAGAGGAACCUAAUAGAAACUUACUGGAUACAUCAUCUGAAUCUCCCAGAGAGAAACACAUUUCAAUUCAAAGGACGCUUGCUGAUCUAGAAAAACUGGCUGAUCUGAAAGAAGGCAUAAUCUCAGCCGUUUCCCAGAACACAGACCCUCAUGUGGCAGGUGGCAAGAAGCCUUGUCCUCUGUGCCCUGAAGACAAGUUCAAAGCUUGUUAUGGUCCUAAACUGCAUCGCCACCUUCAGAAUCUCCACUGGAAAGUGUCUGUUGAAUUUGAAGGCUACAGAAUGUGCAUCUGUCACUUACCUUGUCGUCCUGUGAAACCAAAUGUUGCUGGAGACCAGAUAUCCCUAAAGAUGGGAGCCCAUUAUCACUGCAUUAUCUGUUCAGCGACUAUUACCCGAAGGACUGAUAUGGUAGGGCAUGUUAAACGACAUGUGAAUAAAGGAGAAACUGAAUCUAGAUAUAGCUCCGCCCAUGCUCCUAAGUCUGCACAUGAAGUACUGAAAGAAGCAGACACAGAUAUACAAGUCCUUCCUAACUAUUCUUCUCCGCUGAAAACAGAUUCCUAUUUUAAUCCAAAAAUGAAGCUUAACAGGCAAUUGAUAGUCUGUACUUUAGCUGUGUUAGCUGAGGAGCGGAAACCUUUGGAGUGUCUGGAUGCAUUUGGAGCCACUGGUAUAAUGGGAUUACAGUGGGCAAAGCAUCUCGGAAAUUCUGUAAAGGUCACAAUUAAUGAUUAUAAUGAGAAUUCUGUAACAAUGAUACAUGAGAACUGUCAUUUAAAUAAGAUGAAGGUGAUGAUGAGCAGCAAAGAGGAAGAUGACUGCGAUGAAACAGUGGAAGAAGGGGAGGAAAACUUUCCUGCCAUUGAGGUGACACAAAUGGAUGCCAAUGUCAUCAUGCACUUGAGAGCAUUUGAUUUUAUACAUCUGGACCCAUUUGGAUCUUCAGUGAACUAUCUAGAUGCAGCUUUCAGAAACGUAAGAAACCUUGGCAUUGUGUCAGUGACAUCAACCGAUAUCAGUUCCCUUUAUUCCAAGGCUCAGCAUGUGGCUCAGCGGCACUAUGGCUGCAACAUUGUCAGGACAGAGUAUUACAAAGAACUGGCUGUUCGCAUGGUAGUUGCUGCUGUGGCAAGAGCUGCCGCACGAUGCAACAAAGGCAUUGAAGUUUUGUUUGCAGUGGCCCUUGAACAUUUUGUUCUUGUAGCAGUGAGAGUAUUAAGAGGACCAUCUCCUGCAGAUGAUACGGUCAAGAAAAUUCAGUACCUCAUUCACUGUCAGUGGUGUGAAGAGAGGGUAUUUAAGAAAGAGGGCAACAUGAUAGAAGAGAACCCUUAUCGGCAGCUCCCUUGUGACUGCCACAGCAGCAUGACAGGGAAGACAGCAGUUGAACUUGGUCCUCUGUGGUCAGGAUCCCUCUUCAACACUGGAUUUCUAAGAAGAAUGUUGUUUGAAGCAGUUCAAUAUGGUUUGGAUGACAUCCAGACUCUUUUAAAAACUUUACUCUGUGAAGCAGAAUGCACGACUCACAAACAGUUUUCAAUCCAUGGCCCCAGCAGCCAUAACAAACAAGAAGAGUGUGGCGUGUUUAUUAAGACACCGGAUGCUGCAGCAGAUUACGUUGUACACGGAAAAAGAAAGAGUAGUGACAUGAACAAAAACGGAGUGAAACGACAGAAGCUUGAGAGUAAUGCUGAACAUCCUGCCUUUUAUUAUAAUAUCCAUAGACACAGUAUUAAAGGAAUGAACAUGCCAAAGUUAAAUAAGUUCUUGUGUUACCUCUCUCAAGCUGGGUAUCGAGUCAGUCGAACUCAUUUUGACCCCAUGGGCGUUCGCACCAAUGCCCCCCUGGUGCAGUUUAAAUCUAUUCUUGGGAAAUACAGCACACCCACUUACAUAGGAGGGCAAUCGGAAGGCUCUGUGCAGGCUUUGGAGCAUUCCCAGGCAGGUACUGAAGGAGACUUCACAGAAGAAAGCAUAUAAAUGACACUUCUAGCAAGAGGUUUAAUUUUUAAAAAUUGAAGUUUUAUUUCAAGAAGUACAACUGAGCCAAUAUUCUCUUGUGACCUGCUGACCUAUUUUAGAACAGUCACUCUUACGUUCUUCUGAGAUUGUAGUUCAGCUUUUAAGUAGCUAUUUCAUUUUAAUGCUUGGUCUUUUUUUGGUUAUUGAAUCCUGCAGCUAUCCUGAACUUUCCCUAUCCCUGAAACUUUUUAUUCAGAUGUAUAAUAAUGCUUAAAAGGAUGCAACAGGGAGCUGCCAUUCCAAGUACUUGUGUAAUUACUAGAAUACAAUAAAGUGUUUUAUCUUUU